AUGGCGCUCGAGGAUGGCGAGUUUAGAGAUGACGAGUGUGGCGAGCUUCUCAAGUGGUACAUUAGACACGAGAAGUUGGGGCAUGGAGGACAGGGCCAAGUCUACUUGCUGAGCGACGCAGCCCGCCACCGCCAUAGGUACGCAGGAAAGAUGUUUAAGUCGGAGAGUUGUGCCGAGAGGGAGACAAGGAUCUUGGACAAGCUUCGCCCCAUUCCUGGAGUUGUCUUCCUCCAUGGGCUGAGGAGGGAGAGGAAGGUUGGCGGGCGUUGCUUUGGGACGAUGGUCAUGGAACUUUGUGGCCCUAGCCUGCGCGAUCUAGCGAUGAAAGGGCCACUGAGUGAGGAGGAGGUAGCCGAGAUCGUUAAGGAGCUCGCUGAGACGCUCAAGGGCGUCCACUCGAGUGGUAUUGUCCAUCGCGAUCUCAAGCUGGAGAACGUUUUCACCAAGCUGCAAGAUGCAAGCACGAUCAGGCCAGUGAUUGGGGAUUUUGGAGUGGCGACCGACGAUGCCAGAGAGAUGAGCCAGAGCUGCGGGACUGAGAAGUACAUGGCUCCCGAGCUUAUCUUUGUCGAGAGAUAUGGGCUGUUUUACACGAAGGCGGUGGAUGUUUGGGGGCUUGGAGUGAUCGCAUACGAACUCCUCAAGGGCUACAACCGAUCGAACCUGGAGAUGGAUUUGCUGCGCGAGGGGGAGUUCCAGUGGCCUGCCAAUCUGUCACCAGAGGCGAAACAUCUGAUUAUGGGCAUGCUGGACUUGGAUCCCAGGAAGAGAUUGGCACUAGAUCAAGUUGUAAUCACCAUCCAUGGUUUGAGCAAGGAAACCAGAACCUUACACAUAUUCCCCAAAUCCAAAACCUUCAAGAAUCGGGCAUCAGCGAAACAGGCAGCCAAGCCCAAACUCUACCAGCACAUCGCAGAGACGACCACUGGCAGCUUGCCUCCAACAAUAUACACAGUGUUGUCCCUGCUUCGGUUAUCUAAGACUCUUCGCUCCAAAAAACCCGACAGCGUCACCCAGUUUCCCGGCCUGAGAGUACGCAGCAAGCAUUCCAUUGCAUGA